AUGAAUCCUGCCCGUAAUCCAAUAGAUAAUAGUACUGUUGAAUUAAAAUUAGAAUAUCAUUUUAAUGAAGUCAAAGAACAAUAUCAUGAACUAGCAACUAUAGUAAAAAAUUCAAAUGAUUUAUAUCAAUUGAUGAAUAUUUAUAUUAGUGCACCAGAAAAUUCUCAAUCUAGAGAAUUAGAAGAACGUCUUAAAUUAAUGCUUGAAAUUAGAGACCCAGAUAUUUUAGUAGAUUUAAGAAUUAAUAAUGGCUUUAAAGAUUCUAUGAGUAGUUUAUCUGAAGAAACUUUUGCUUCACUUAAAACUUUAGAAGAAAUUCACAAUGAGGCUGAAAAUUUUCUUAGUUUAAAAAAUGAAUUACAAAAUUCAAUUUCAAAUAUACAAGCACUUUUAAAUAUUCGAACAGAAUAUUUAAAACUUUAUGACAAUACUUUUAUAACUAGAAGUCCUGCUACAAAUUCUGAUAUUAAUGAAUUGUUUAAU